AUGAGUUCCGAACGAGCACCACUACUUGAAAAUGGCAUUCCACGUGUCAUAUAUGAUACAGAUGAAGGAAGAAAGACAACAGUGACAUAUGACAAUUUUCAUUGCCAUGAUGAGGCUGGGUCAACAGAUUCACAUGACAGUAAUAAACGAGCAACUCGAGUUUUAUGGCUCACUGUUGUACUCUGUCUCUUUUUUAUGGUUUGCGAAGUUAUUGGUGGUGUUCUCGCUGGCUCACUUGCGAUUGUCACAGAUGCCGCACAUUUGCUCACUGAUUUCGCGUCGGUGCUUAUUUCGUUGUUCUCUCUAUACAUUGCAAGACGGCCACCCUCACAAACAAUGAGUUUUGGAUUUCAUAGAGCUGAAGUUUUGGGUGCAUUCUUCUCAGUGUUUCUCAUCUGGAUCGUCACAGGUGUACUUGUCGUUUUAGCUAUUAUGAGAAUCAUCAAUGGGGACUACGAGGUAGAAGGUGGUAUAAUGGCAAUUACUGCUGGCCUUGGAGUAGUAGUGAACCUAGUUAUGCUGGCCCUGCUAUAUUUCGGUGGGCACUCUCACUCCCAUGGAGGCGGAAGUUCGCAUUCUCAUGGUCACUCCCAUGGCGGAAAUGGUGAUAACAUCAAUGUCCGGGCUGCAUUCAUCCAUGUGCUGGGUGACCUUUUACAAAGUUUGGGCGUUCUUGUAGCCGCCCUUUUCAUUUACUUCCAGCCGUCAUGGGUGAUUAUCGAUCCAAUAUGCACGUUGUUAUUCUCUGUUAUCGUGUUAUGUACCACUAUCUACAUUCUUAGAGAUGCGAUGAUUGUUCUAUUGGAAGGAAGGCCUAGCAACAUUGACUUCGCAAAAGUAUUUUCCUCCCUUGAAGAUAUCGAGGGCGUGAAAAAGGUUCACGACUUGAGAAUAUGGAGUUUGACAAUGGAUAAGAUUGCUCUCUCCGUCCAUCUGGAGAUUGAUUCUAAUAGUCAAUCUCAAGGAAUUCUGCGAGAGACACGUCGAAUGCUGAAGCAAACAUAUAAUGUGCAUGAGAUCACAAUUCAAAUUGAGGAGUUUGGUGCGAAUAGAUCGGAUUGCGAUAAGUGUGAUGUUCCUUUAAAGUGA